AUGAGCGCAACGACGCAGGACACGACGAGGGAGAUCGCCUCCGGCCGUGAGCAAGAGCGGCGGAAGCAGAGACUGGAUGACGAUGAGAAAGCCCCCGAUACGGCGUUUCAGCGCUGGUGGGUGCGCAACAGGGCGUGGGUGCUUGUCCUAACGGCGGAGAGCUUCGGCGCGUGCAUGGGCGCCACGGCGAGGCUGUUGGAGGACGAUGAGAAGGGCGCUGCGAUGCAUCCGAUGCAGAUCAUCUUCGUUCGCAUGGCAUUGACGGGCAUCCUGAGCACGAUUUACAUGCGCGCAACCAACGUCCCGGACUUCCCCUGGGGACCACCAGGUGUGCGGGGGUGGCUGUUGCUGAGAGGAUUGACAGGCUUCUUUGGACUCUCGGCGUUCUACUGGGCGCUACAAUAUCUCCCUCUGGCAGAGACGACCGUCAUCACCUUCCUCACACCAAUGAUGGUGCCGUGGGCGGGGGCGCUGCUCUUCCACGAGCCGCUGGCCAAGAAGGUCGUGUUCGCGGGCCUCGUCUCCUUCGCCGGCGUCAUCAUCAUCGCGCGGCCGCCGUGGCUGUUCCCCAACGACCAACAUCACAACGAAGAGGAAGACGGCAGCCCCUCAGCCAGCGCGGCCAUGCGCACGCUGGCGGUGACACUCCUCCUAAUCGGCGCCGUGACAGCAACCGUAUCGUACACGAUCAUCCGCGGCAUCGGGCACCGGGCGCACGCGCUGAUCAGCGUCAACUACUACUCGCUGGUGUCGACGGUAGGCGCGGCGCUGUUCCUGCUGUUCGCGCCCGGCGUCGACUUCCGGCUGCCGGCCGACGGGCGCCAGUGGGCGCUGCUGUCCGUCAUCGGCUUCUCGGGGUUUUUUCUGCAGUUCCUGCUGACGGCGGGGCUGCAGCACGACAAGAGCGCGCUAGCGACGACCAUGAUGUACUCGCAGGUGCUGUACGCCCUCGUCUUCGACAAGCUCAUCUGGGGCAACGUGCCUGCUGCGACGAGUUGGUGCGGCGGCGCUAUUGUGCUUGCUAGCACCGUCUACGUCGCGCUGUGGGGCAGUGCCGGCGGCAGCGGCAGCGCGAAGGAGGGCAAGGAGAGCGAUGAGGAACAAGGCCUCCUAGCCGGUCACCGACGAGAAGGGGAUGAGACGACGGACGUGGAGGGGGCUAACUUGGUGAAUGAGUAG